GUUUACGAAUUUAUUAUGGCCUGCACGGUUUUAUUGCUGAUUGGCACUGGACUUAGAUGUAUAACCUAUGAACCUAAAUAUGCCACAUGGCUGAGUAAUUUUUGUGCUAUUUUAAAUGGAAUUUCUGGAACAGUGCCUUGCGCUGCGCCUGCGCAGGUUGCCAACACGUGGUUUCCGCCUAAUCAGAGAACAAGCGCCACAGCAGUCGUUUCAGUGUUCAAUUACGUAGGAAUAGCUUUAGCAUUUGUUAUAGGUCCACAGCUAGUAUCGUCACCAAAGUACCAAAAUGAAACUCAUUUCCAAAAUAAUACUCUUACACCAAACAGAUUAGCAGAAGAUUUAUAUAUACCAACGCAUGACAAUCAAAGAAAUAAUACAAAUUCCUCUGAAGUUUUGGUCAACUUUAAACAUAUCCAGCAGGACAUUAUGUACCUAAUGUAUUACGAGUUUGCUGCCUCCGGACUGUUAUUUUUAGGCAGCCUAUUUAUCCCCUCUAAACCCCCAUCACCACCGAGUGUAUCAGCCUCUACAGAACGAGUAGUCUACAGGAGGGCACUACUGAAGAUUGCUCGGAACAAAGCAAUAUGGUUAAUAGGGUUGGCUUACGCUCUGCCAGCAGGAGUAUACGGGUCAUGGGGGAAACCCUGAUUGAUGUCAUACUGAAUCCUCAGGGCAUUGGACAGGU